AUGAGCAAUUUAAAUUAAAAAAAUUGCGUUCAUCACAAUAGAGAAUUAACAUAUUUCUGUGAAUCAUGUGAAGAACCAAUCUGCAAGCUUUGUACUACCUUGGGACCGCAUAAUUACACGGUAUGUCAAUAAGGAAUGAAUUUAGUUACAUCGAAUUAAUUCAUUGUAAGAGGCUUUUAAGAUGAGAGUUGAACAUAUAAAAUAAGAAAUAUUGCAUAAUAUUUUACCAAAGAGAGACGAAAUAUUUGCUUAGAUAAAUAGAAUUGAAUAUAGAAUUCAAGAGAUCAAAUAUGUCAAAAAUAUAAUUGAGCGAGAUUGCAGAGCUGAGAUGAAUGGAAUAGAGGACCGCCUUAAUUAAGCAGAAUAAAUGAAAUAAACAAUUCUACAACAUUAAAUAUCAGUGAUAUAAUCGUAAGCAUUCUAGUAUAUUGGAUUUUAGAGAUUUGGAUGAAAUGAAUGACUUGGCAAUUUAGUUUUUUAAUUUGACAAAAAAGAAUGAUUACCUUGAAUUUCUAUUUGAUAGCUAGAGUCUAUUAGAUAGGAUUGAGUUUUUGAUUGCAAAACCUUAUAACAAAGGAAUAGAUGAGAUUCCGGAUGAUUUACCUAGAGAAUUAACUGACUUAAGAUUACUACUAGGAAAGAUGGAGGGACAAUAGUAAAUGCUUGAGGUUCUGAAUGAGAUUAUAUGGAGAAUGAUAAACGAAAGAAAGCAAGAAGAGGAAUUGUCUUAAUAAAUAUUAAGAAGACACUCUGAGAAUGAAAUUAAAGAGUGGCAAAAGUUGGUAGAAUUCUUUACUGAAUAAUUGAAAGAAUCAGAAAUGAUAUGCUAUUUUUGCAAUGAGCCAUUAAACAUAAAAACAAUAAAUAAAAGUUGCAAGAAAAAUAAGGAUCAUUCGCCUGAGAAUUGUAAUAGUGAAUUCUAUUUUAGUUGUUGGAUAUACAGUUGAGAAACCAACAGAUCAAUAGAUAGGAACCAAGAGACAUUUUUAUGGGCACGCAGUUUUAAAAGCCAAAAUGCCAUAAUUAUAGGAGGAGUAAAAGAAAUUGCCUAGUGCAGUCAUAAUUGAGGGAAUUAUGUCGAAGAUAAAAGUUAGAAUGCAAGAUAAGUCGAUUAAACUAUUAGAAAUCUUUUAAGAACAUGAUAAUGAUAAGAAUGGUACUAGAUCUAAUAGUUAUUUUAGGAUUUGUAAAUGAGAUCAUUUUCAAUUAUAUUAUGUAAGAACAUUUACAAUUGAUUGAUGAAGAGAUUGAGAAUAUAGUGAUGUUUAUGGACUGCAAGAGUGAUAUUAAUUACAAUAUACUUUUUAAUAUGUUGAAGAGUUCAAACUUGAUUUAAAAAAUGGAGAGCGAUUUAGUCCAAAAAUAUAGGCCACCAAAGAGUAAAAAAAGAACUCCAUCCUAAAAUUGAUAUUUAAG